AUGCGACGAAAACAAAACGACAAGGUGAAAUGCAAAGUGUUGCCGUAAAUGCGAAAUAAAUCGAACGCUCUGCGAUAAAUAUUAUCUUGUAAAAUCAGGAAAUUACGGAACGUUUACUGAGAUUGCCGAGAAGUAGAAUAAUGGUUCUGCUACUGGUGCACCUGCGGCGCCUCAUUUUGCUGCUAACCGUCGUUUACCUGAGCGGAUCGGUAUUCCGCCGCCUGCUCACCGAGCGGCACCACGCCCACAUCCUGCAGGGCAAUGGUUACAUGGGAUUCGGACGUCUUCGUGGUGGCGGUGGAUCCAAGGAGCCAUAUCACUUCCAGUGGUGGGCCUACAUCUACACCUGUUACGCAUACGCCGUGUUGGUCAACUACGUCAACAUGCGCCGGCUGACCAACCUCAUCGAGUUCUUCUUGAACUAAUGUUUUUCGCUUAGAAGUUAGAAUAAUUUGAGCACAUGCGAUUUGGCGAAUAUAUAGAUAAGAGUUUAUUUAAAAGUUAAA